GUUGGGCCUCUCGGAGGGGCCUGCCGUGCGGUUUGGGUGCCGGGCCCGCCCCCGCGCCGCUCCUCCCGCCGGAACGCAGGGUGCGCGCCCCCAGCUGCCCAGGCCCAGCCCCGCGGAGGCGGCCGCCGGGAAGAUGUCCUACGGAUCCAUCACCGGCGGCGGGCGGGGGAGCCGCGGCCCUUUCGGGGGGCCCUCCCGCCAGGGCUACCAGCCCCUCGCCACCCAGCUGGACCCGCGCGACCUGCAGGGGCUGUUCCAGGAGGCGGCGGCCGGCGUCUCCCGCAUCGGCGCCAGCGCGACCUCCUUGGAGCAGGGCCUCCGGUCCCUGGGGACGCCGAGGGACACCCGGGAGCUGCGGGACAGCCUGCACCUGGCGCAGCAGGAGACCAACUGCACCAUCGCCAGCAGCACCAGCGUGGUGAAGCGGCUGUCGGAGCUGCUGCGGGGCUGCUCCCGGCAGGAGCGGCUUCAGCUGGACCACCUGAAAGCCCAGCUCUCGGAUGCCAUCCAGCGCUACGGCGCGGUGCAGACGGAAAUCGCGGAGAAGUCCCGAGCUCUGCUUCCCGCGGCGCAGAGGGCUGGCCGGCAGCAGAGCCCCUGGGCGCGCCAGGAGGAGAGUGUCCGUGGGGGCGACAGCGAGCGGCCGGGCCCGGCGCAGGCGCUGGUCCCCGAGCUCACGGAGCAGGACCUGGAGGCCGUGCGGCUGCGCGAGGAGGCCGUCCUGCGGUUGGAGAGCGACCUGCUGGACGUGACCCAGAUCCUCAAGGACUUGGCCUCCGUGGUGUCGGAGCAAGGAGAGGCCAUCGAUAGCAUUGAAGCCAGCCUGGAGGCGGCGUCCGCCCACACCGAGGCCGCCAGUGAGCUCCUGGCAGGAGCCGGCCGGCACCACCUCCAGAGACACAAGAUCAAGUGCUACUUCCUGUCGGCUGGAGUCACCGUUGUGCUGGUCAUCAUCCUCGUCAUCGCCACCUCCGUCCCAAAGUGAUGCCACUGUGGUGGAGGCUGUCCCUGGCUGGGACCUGAGCGCCAACCGCCGUCCCCACUGGCACCGCCCGCCGGCCCCUGGCUGCACCCAAUAAACUGCCUCCUCAGCCGCGUCUCCACCGCGCCUGCCUGGAGGCUCCUCC